CUCCUCGCUCGCUGUCGCCAUGGGCGUGGCUUGAAGCUCUCAUUACUUCCCUCUCUCUCUCUCUCUACCUCGAACAUGCCGCACAGCGACUGGCGUCUCUGAAACUUUUGCUUUGUGUUUCGUACUCGCAUUCCCAUAUAGCCCUCUCUCCUCUUAGACAGAGAAAAGAAAAGUAUUUCCACACAGAGAGAGAGACUAUCUCUGCAUCACUUCACUUCACUUCCUCUCUCUCUCUCUCUCUCUCUCUCUCCUCCAUGAUCAAUCACCCUUUGCUUUUCUCUCUCAAGCAGCCUUUUGACACUCCCGCAGCAGACAAUUAAAGAUAGCCCAAAUCAUUGAAUUCCAAAAUCCCACCUUCCCCUUCUCUCUCUCUCUCUCUCUCUCUCUCUCUGUAGACCCAGUUCGCUCCUGCUUCACUUCGCUUCCCUUCUUCGCUCCCUAUAUGAGCCAUGGAUCCCUGCGAUAAAUCACACCGCACCCGCCAACGCGACAGACGGGACCACCCCUCCUUCUCCUCCACCCUCCUCGACGCCAUCUACCGCUCCAUCGACGGCGACUCCCCUCCCCAAGACCCCAUGGUCUUCUACACCGACGCCGCCGCCGCCGCCGCCAGGAUCAAGCAAGGCGGCGGCAGCGGCGGCGACUCUCGGCGGGACUACCUGAUCGAGAAGUGGAUGGCGGCGGAGGCGGAGGCAGAGGAGAAAAAGAAGAAGAAGAAGGAAGCCGGGGACGAGAGAGGAGGGGCCGCGGCGGCGGCGGCGGCGGCGGCUCACCGCGGCUCGAUGGUCGGCGACUGGAACCGCUCGGUGCUCCUGACGAAUUCCAGCUCCAGCUCCUCUGACUCCAGCUCCAGAUCGGGAGGAGGGUUCUCGUCGUCCGAGUCGGAGUCCAGAUCGCGGAACUCCGCUUCGUGUUACUCCGUGAGGAGGCCGAAGCAGAAGCCGGCCCCGAUUCGCACCAGCCUCUCCGACCGCACGGCCUCCGCGUUCGACCGCGGCCACCUCGACCCGAGGAAGGGCCACCACGCCGCGCAAUCUCAGAGGCCGAGCAGUAAUAACAAGCACGAAGGGCUCGGCUUCGUGAAGACGAAGUCCAAGGCGCUGAAGAUCUACGGCGACCUCAAGAAGGCCAACGGCAAGCUCAAGCAGCCGAACUCCCCGGGCGCCCGCCUCGCCAGCUUCCUCAACUCGAUCUUCACCGUCGGGAGCCCUAAGAAGGCGAAGAUCGCCGCGAGCUCCGUCGACGGAGACCAGUCGGCGUGCUCCUCGGCUUCCUCGUUCUCGCGUUCGUGCCUGAGCAACACCCCGUCGUCGCGGAGCAAGCCGGGCGUCGUCACCGGCGGCGGCCCGAAGCAGCGGUCGGUGAGGUUCUACCCCGUGAUCAGUGUCAUCGUGGACGAGCCCAGCCGGCAGAGCAAGGACCUGAAGGUGGUGGCCGCGGAGAUCUCGCCGGCGAAGAAGGCGGAAUUCGGCAAGUCCGGCACCAGCGAGGACAAGCGGAGGAUCGCGGAGGCGGCGAGGGAGAUGCUGCGGAGCUACCAGAAGAAGAAGGAGAGCUUCGAAGCGAGAGAAGCCGACGUCGACUGCGACGAAGGCGGCGGCGGCGGUGGCGGCGACGACGACGACGCGGCGAGCUGUGCGAGUUCGGAUUUGUUCGAAUUGGACAAUCUGGCGUCGAUCGGGUGCGAUGACAUGAGGUAUAGAGAGGAAUUGCCGGUGUACGAAACCACUAAUCUAGACACUAAUCGAGCCAUUGCCAGUGGUUUAGUUCUGUAAUUCAUGCAAAAAAAAAAAAAAAAAACCAGAGAAAAAAACCCCAAAAAAAAAAAGGAGGACAAAAAAAAAUUAUAUAUAAAUUAAUGGUGUGGGGGUUUACGUUAAGCAAGGGCAAUAAGAUUGUUCUCUUUGCGGGUCUUUUUUUUUUUUUUUAAAUUUUUGCAGUGUGCUCUUGGGUAAUAUGCUUUGAAUUAUUAUCCGGUAUAUCAACGGUAUCGAAUGAGACAUGCAUCGGUUGGUUAA